CCAUCGGACCCUAUACCUUAGGGUUUUCUCGUCGCCGCUCGUUUGCUCUCGCCUUGGGUACUUGCACGCGCGGCGCUAAUGGCGAUCCAGCAGGAUGUUAAGCUCUUUAACCGCUGGUCCUUCGACGACGUGGAGGUCAGCGAUAUAUCGCUAGCUGAUUACCUUGCUGUGACUCCUCCAAAGCAUGCUACUUACCUUCCACAUACAGCAGGGAGAUAUUCUGCUAAGAGGUUCCGUAAGUCUCAGUGCCCAAUUGUUGAAAGACUUACAAAUUCUUUGAUGAUGCAUGGUCGUAACAAUGGGAAAAAGCUUAUGGCUGUUCGCAUUGUUAAACACACAAUGGAGAUUAUUCAUUUGCUUACUGAUGCAAACCCAAUUCAAGUUAUUGUUGAUGCAAUCAUUAACAGUGGUCCAAGAGAAGAUGCAACUCGAAUUGGAUCUGCUGGUGUUGUCCGACGUCAGGCGGUUGAUAUCUCACCAUUGAGACGGGUCAACCAGGCAAUUUACCUGCUGACAACUGGUGCUCGUGAAAGUGCUUUCAGAAAUAUCAAAACUAUUGCUGAGUGCCUUGCUGAUGAAUUAAUUAAUGCAGCUAAGGGUUCUUCCAACAGCUACGCUAUUAAGAAGAAGGAUGAGAUCGAACGUGUUGCCAAGGCAAAUCGUUGAGCUCGCUGGUGGAUGUGAAACUUUCACGGUUCUCACACCUUGGGUUUUUUCUUAGUUCUGAAGUCGCAGUGAGAUUACCAAAUACAAUUGAUCUUCUUUAUUUACCUUAAUGAAUAUUUCUGACUGGAGCCUUUUUAGGCCAACUGUCGCUUGUUUCUAGAUUGAAUUGUGAUAUUUAACAACUAUUUCAGUUUUGCCCUUGAAAGAAAUAUUUUUGAUUUGUUGGUGA